UGAUGAUGAUAAAGCUCAUGAGAAUUCAUAUGGCAAUGCUUAUUGUAGAAGAGWGAUAUUGUCGAUGUGAUUUUGUGUGCCAAGUGAACAUGUCGAAAAGACGUUAAUUGCUUUUGGGUUUUUUAAGUUUCAAUAAAUAUCUAAACGAAAUAAGAGAGGAGGGAAAUAGGAAAAAAACAAGAAUUUGGAGUCGCGAAAUUUAUUUAUAUUUAUAAGAAGGUGAUGAAUUUCACAAAAAAAUUUGUAAGAAUCACUUUUGUUGAAUUUGAAGAAAUUCAUCAAAAGAUUGAACCUUUGAUAGGAAAAAAGUGCACAAAUAUGAGGAAAGCAAUUAGUAAUCGUAAUCGUCUAGCUGUCACUCUAUUCUAUUUGGCAUCAGGCGAUAGUUUCAACAACUUGUCUAUUGUGUUUAAAAUUGCGCCGUGUACGAUUGGUAAAAUAAUCACUGACGUGUGUGAAGCUAUUUACAACAUACUAAAAGAAGAUUAUUUGAAGACCCCUUCAACUGUGGAAGAAUGGUAUAAAAUUGCUGAUGGCUUUUGGGAGAAGUGGAAUUUUAUGAAUUACAUGGGUGCUUUGGAUGGAAAGCACAUGAAUAUAAUAAAACCUGACAGAAGCGGAAGUGAAUAUUAUAAUUACAAGGGUCAUUGCAGUAUUGUUUUGAUGGCAUUAGCUGAUGCUAAUCAUUGUUUCACCUAUGUUAAUAUUGGCGCUAAAGGUUCUGGUUCAGAUGGUGGUAUUUUUAAUUAAUGUAAAUUUUACGAAAAGUUGAAAAACGAUCACUUGAAUAUUCCAUCAAAUCGCCCAUUAUUAAAUAGAGAAAAAGAAAUUCCGUUUGUUAUUGUUGCUGAUGAUGCGUUUCCAUUACAAAAGCACAUUAUGGAACCGUAUUCAAAAAGAAAUUUGACCAUGCCAGAAAGAAUUUUUAACUAUCGAUUAUCACGUGCUAGACGCAUUAUUGAAAAUGCUUUUGGUAUAGCGUCAGCUAGAUUCAGAUGUUUGAGAACAACAAUGAACCCAUUUCUGAUGGGUGUCACCCCAUCAUACUCAGGUGCCAGAAUGCCGCAAACACCAGCCCAAGGUUCUACACAGAUCCAAAAGAGGUUUCUUAAUCUAAAAACCAUUCCGAUGCCAAAGUCGUCUUAAGGAGUUGAAAGACCGUGAAGGCCGCAGGCCAUUUAGCAUUACCCAAAAUGCACCAAGCGUGGAGGCGACCUGCACUACGUCCAAAAUCUAGUACUAACUCUUAAUACGUUUUUUCUAUAAAAUGCGAAUUUGGCAAACCCGGUUUUGCGAAGAAACAUGAAAUCAACAAUAAUUUC